UCUCAAUUCCGCCAUCACAUCCUUAAUACCAAGUAACAUCCAUCCAUAACUCCAGCAUCGUCGAGUGCCCGGGUGAUCCUUUGUAAAAGGUCAUAAUCCAUAUAUACAGUCAUUCUCUUCUUGGUCCCUCGAAUAACGAUAGUACGAUAUCACGGUAACGACAUAAUAAUUAUCUUACAUCAGACUUAUUCCCUACUCGUUCCAAAUAGAAUAAUUCCGACCAUGUCUCAGAGGUUCUAGGAGCACCGUGCGGGAAGACAGAGGACGAAGAAGAGGGCUGGUGUCGACUACGGAGCUAUGACCAACGAUAACGUUACUAGUAGUACAGUCGGCGGUGGAACUUCGAGGUGGUUGCCACGACCCGCUAGGGCUCCGACGAGGACUAAGCUACGCAAUGGCACUUGGGUUGUACCUGGCACCGGCGAACGUACUCGUCGCCAAUUCACCCUUCGAUAUCCUCACCUCGAUGGUCCCAGCGACGAUGACAACUUGCGCCCUCUCGCCGAGGGUACCACAAUAAAGGACAAGGUUCGGAAUGUGUGGCAUAAUACUAGAGUGUCGGCUAGCAAGCUAUGGGCUUGGUCGAAUUCCCCCAAGGGACGAGGCACCAUCAAGUGCUCUAUCGCGUACUUGUUGGCUAGCAUGGGAACUUUUUGGCAUCCUGCCGCCGCCUUUCUAGGCCCAAUGGAUGGGAAGCAUAUCGUCGCCACGAUCUCUGUUUACUUCCACCCAGCCAGGUCAGCAGGUUCGCAGAUUGAGGCUGUCGCUAUAGCUGUCGUCGCUGUGUGUUAUGCCAUGUUCAUUGGAACCUUGUCUAUGGCUACCUCGGUCCUCUUCGGUUCUGUGUUAGACAUGGUAGAACUCUCGUAUGCCUUGGUUCUCAUGAUCUUUAUUGGUGGUGGUUUAGGUUUUGUCGGAUGGGUUAAACAGAAAUUGAAUAAUCCUCUGGUGAGCGUUGGUGCCAGUAUAGCAUCCAUCGGUAUCAUCACCAUUGUGACAAAGGAAAACUCGGUUCAUACUGGCGUUUUCACGAACCAGAAGAUCAUCCAGUCGCUCAAGAUCUUACUUAUGGCUACUACGGUAUCGACAUUAGUCAACUUACUCAUCUGGCCGGUCUCUGCGAGGUUGGCUUUACGCAAAUCCAUGCAGAAUGCGUCUACUUCGCUUGGCGCUAUGCUGUCUAUGAUAGCAAGCGGGUUCUUGAGCGGCGCCGAAGAGGAUUUCACCUCGAGCGAAUUCACAAAGGCAUCGUCUACGUACACUUCAACUUUGACGCAGAUGAACAAGAACGCGCGGGAGUCGAAGUACGAGUACUUUUUCUUGGGACAAGAACAGAUAUAUAGACAAGACAGGGCUGUAGUAAAGUCAAUGGAGAACCUUGCCCAAUCCUUGGGUGGUCUCAGAAGUGCGGCUAACACCCAAUUCGAGCUCCUCAGGGAGGUAUCUAACGGCUACUUUACCUCCAGCCCAGCCGUUUCCCCUACCACGAAUCCCUUCUCCCCGACUUUUACUCGGUCUUUGUCGGCGAUGUUAAAAAGCGGCAGUAACAGGGUUGGCUCCCUUGGCGCUAUAGAUGAGGCACCUGAUGAACGAAGCGAUCGAGAAGAUGAGCCGACGCCUACGCAAGAAAUGCCCUUCGCUAUGUUAUCUCCAUCUGGCUCGUCGUUAAAAACACCUUCUGACAUCUUCGAAUUGUUUAUCGCACGUCUUGGGCCCUCUAUGAAAUCACUUGUUUACACGAUGGCUGAAAUGCUUAAAGAGCCACCAUUUGGUGUUCCAGGCUCGCCGAUCACGAUUAAUGAACAGUUUAAGCAAAGCCUCUCGGAUGCAACUAGUCUAUAUAACCAAGCAAGAGGAAAUGCCCUUGAAGAGAUUUAUAAGACUAUCGAGUUAGGCAGGACCAGAUCCGAAUCGGUCCAAGCGGACUUUGAGGAGGUUGCCGCAGCAUGUGGUCACUUUUCAUUCAGUUUGCUUAGCUUUGCGGAUGAGAUGCAGAUCUACCUUGAUACGCUAGACGACUUGAGAGAUGUCGUAGAACAAAACAAUCGGUCUUGGAAGUGGAUCAUGUUUUGGAAGCACUUUAAAUUUCCAUCCAAGGCGAAGAAUGAUGAUGUAGAGCGGUUGUCUUUGCUCAAACCUGUAAAGCGAUUAAGGCAAUCUAAGAUGCCCAAAGGUAUCCCUGAUGCGAUGAAAAACCGGCGUGGUACUUUCAGUUGGGACACAGCACCCCAAGGCGAGGGUAUUUGGGAUCAUGUUGUUCGAGCUACAUCUCGAAGUCUCCUAAAGUUCUUCGGGUUCCUCGCGAGGGACGACAUUCGUUUCGGUCUGAAAGUUGGCAUUGGCGCUACUUUGUACGCCAUGUUUGCUUUCAUCCCUCAAACGCGACCCGUAUACGCCCACUGGAGAGGAGAAUGGGGGUUGUUGUCUUUCAUGAUCGUAUGCUCAAUGACUGUUGGUGCUGCCAACGCUACUGGUAUGGCUCGUUUCACUGGUACCAUUAUGGGUGCUGCCUUCGUUCUGGUCAACUGGUGGAUAUCUAAUGGUAACGCUGUUGCGCUUGCCUUCCUCGGCUGGGCCGUUUCUUUUGGCGCGUUCUACAUAAUGGUUGAUCGCGGUAAUGCGGCGUUUGGUCGCUUCAUAUUACUAAGCUACAACGUCUCUUCAUUAUACGCGUACUCUCUCACCCAGCAAGUCGACGACGACGAUGACGACGAGGGUGGUGUCCAUCCCAUUAUUGGUUCCAUCGCUUAUCACAGAGUUGUUGCUGUGUCGGUGGGUAUCGUCUGGGGUCUAAUCAUUUGCCGUCUCAUCUGGCCUAUGCCAGCUCGUCAGAAGUUUAAGGAGGGUUUGGCCGUUUUAUAUCUUCAAAUGGGCCUCGUAUGGAAGCGAGGCCCACUCGCGGUGCUUCUCCGUAACGACAUAGCCGCGGCAAGUUACAUGAAAAUAGGUGAACAAGCUGCGAUGCAGCGGUAUGCAACGCAAUUGCAGGCACUUCGUGUGUCCGCGAACAACGAGUACGAGCUUCGCGGGCCGUUCCCCUUCCAGGAAUACGGUCGGGUCAUGGCGUCAACGCAACGUGCACUGGAUGCUUUCCAUGCUAUGAGCCUGGUAACACAGAAGCAUGGGCGACUAAGUGCGGGCGAGAAGGCGCUAUUAUAUUAUACAGCAGAAGAGAGGGCACAGCUAUGCGCACGUAUCUGCCACGUGUUCCAGGUGCUCGCGUCAAGCGUGAUGCUCGAGUAUCCGCUUACAGACGCUAUCCCUAGUGUUAUGGUCAUUCGGGAUAAGCUCCUCGGAAAGAUCUUCCGCUUCAGAAAGGAACAUAGCCACAACCAUCACGCCGAGGGAGUGGAAAACGGAGGAAAGGCCCCGGCGAACGGACACGCAGACACAGAUGCAGAUGCAAAUGCCGAAGCGGAUAAUGGUAAAGCUAAGGCUCCGAAGUUGGGCGAUGUUGUGGUGGAAGAACCGGAUUAUGCGCUCCUAUACGCAUACGCCCUGGUUACCGGCCAGCUGGCGAAGGAGCUGACGGUUGUGGAAGAGGAAAUCGAGAAUUUGUUUGGACGGCUUGAUGAGGAUGCUCUGCUGUUGCAAUAACGGAAUGAACUGACUGGGCUGGGCUGAAGUUUCAAAGCUAUAAGUUUACGAGAACCAUGUCUCGUUUGCACGUUCCAAGGGGUAUUGGUAUGGUAGGGCUCUCCUAUAAAGAGAAGGUUUAUAUAUAAAUUAUAAAGCAUCGAUAAACAGGCUCUAGUUUGUCUAUUCGGUUUACACAUGAUUAACAUGGGGACUGGCGUGCUUUAUUGGCGAAUAGGUAUACAAUAUAUAAAUACAUAUAUACGCAUCCUUUGGCUUAUUG